GAAAACUCUCUCAUAUCCACGCAGAUUGGCUUGGAGCGAUCUCUUUUUCAACUGACCUUGCAUGAAUCGUGCUGCAGUGUGAGGGAUGGAUCGCCAGGAACUAACAAAAGUAGUCCUGCUGGCCUGUGGGUCCUUCAACCCCAUCACCAACAUGCACCUGAGGAUGUUUGAACUGGCCCGGGACCACCUGGAAGACACAGGACAGUACAGGGUAGUCAGAGGCAUAAUUUCCCCAGUUGGUGAUGGCUAUAAAAAGAAGGGUUUGAUUGAGGCCUACCACCGUGUGGAGAUGGCUAGAUUGGCCACCGAGACCUCUGACUGGAUUAGAGCAGAUGCCUGGGAGAGCUUACAGCCUGAGUGGUUGGAGACAGCUAAAGUAGUUCGACAUCACUAUGAGGAAGUGGCAGCCGACGAGCACAACAGUGAUGAAGUGGAUGCUAUGAAGUAUGCAAAAAAGAGACGAAUUGAGGAGAAUUCUCAUGAGGGUUCAUCUCGUCAUGCAUGGAGAGCUCUCCCUCAGUUAAUGCUGCUGUGCGGGGCUGACGUCCUGGAGUCCUUCAGGAUUCCCAACCUGUGGAAGCAGGAGGACAUCAUUGAGAUAGUGGGUCGUCAUGGCAUGGUCUGCAUUACCCGCAGCGGCAACGACCCCCACAAGUUCAUCCAUCAGUCUGACACCCUGUGGAAGUAUCACAAGAACAUCCACACAGUCCAUGAGUGGGUUACCAAUGAGAUUUCGGCCACUCACGUGCGCCGGGCUCUGAGGAGAGGCCAGAGCGUCAGGUACCUGCUGCCGGACCCUGUGCUCAGGUACAUACAAGAGCACAACUUGUACAGCGCCGAGAGUGAGCAGAAAAACGCUGACGUUGUCCUAGCACCUCUUCAGAGAUACACGGGUGCCUCUUCGAGCUGAGGAAGCAUGUUUCUGCUUCCAGUCGAAGAACACACUAGAACUGCCAGUUUUCUCACUGCUCUGGUGUUUUAAAUGUCACAGCUGUGCUGAUUUUACUAUGGAUUUUUUUUUUUAACAACACAAACUGUAUGCACUUUCAUACUUCAUAUUGUGCAUUUUAUGUUAUUCCACCAGUGCCUGGUCAGAAAAAUAGUUUUCCGUGAGUGUGAUUUGGGGUUUUUUUUUUGGGAAAAUAAACCUGCUGUAGAAUUUCAUGGAUGAAAGUAGUUUCCCUUUGCUGUAAAUUAGUGUGUGUGUGUGUGUGUGUGUGUGUGUGUGUGUGUGUGUGUGUGUGUGUGUGUUUGUCAUCAGAGAGCACAUUUACGCAAUCGUCCAGAAUUAAGUGACAGUUCAACCAGCUUUGAGGUAGUCUAAAAGGCCGUGCUUAUGAAUUGUCUUUUUUUUUUGUGUGGGUUUCAAAUUAGAGAUCGACUACCUUCUGUGAAACAGUCAACAAAUGUUACUUGUGUCUAACGCAUAUACAAAGAUUGGGAUUCAGUCAUUUGAUGAAUUGUAAUGAUUUUACGUACUUUACAACAAAAACGAUUUUGCCUUGGACAAGUUAAUACAAUUUUCACCUCUCAACUCGUGCUUAUUUUACGUUAACCAGUUUCUUUCUGCCUAUACCCCCAGGCAAUAGCAAGUGGUAUGCACUUAAUGUGUUUACAUAGUUUUUGUUGUGGUUUUACAAAUGAUGACUAUGGUGUGGAUUGAAUGAAAAAAAAAGACUACUCUUAGCUCUAUAUUGUUGAUGUAAAACAAGAUAAAGUGACCCUCCUGACGAGCUAAUGUUCCCUAACGAGUAUGAAGGCCACGUUGACACCUGCCCUGUUUGAUUAAAAUUCUCUUUUUGUUAAUUGCCA